AUAAUUGUUCUUCCGUGGGCUGUCACCCAAAUAUGAAUGUGACAUGGAAGUCUAAAAAUUAACAAAGAAUAUUCAGCUUGCAACGUAUGAAUUGGGCAUCCAUGGUCUAGUUUUCAAUUAGCGGCUGCUCAAAAACACACAGCUACUAUCCCUUUUUUCUUUAUGGACUUUGCUGGGUUUUCGGGAUGGAGGCACAAGCUUGUGUGUGUGUGUGUGAUGGUUAUGAUUGUUGGGUAUUGUUUUAUAAUAAUCGGCUCGAAAAUUAUAACUAAGUUUUAUUUUAUUAUAUAAUUUUGUUUAAUUUAAAAAUAUUAAUUGAUAAUUCAAAUGAUGAAAAUCUGACACAAUCUGAUAAUUCUUAAUAUCAAUCCGAUCAAUGGAUAUAUCAUCUGUAAAAUUUAAAAAAUUCAUUUUAUUCAUUUACCGACAUCAUCAUCUUGGAUAAUCGAACAUAUUUUUGGGAUUGCGUGCAAACUUUUAUCUUCUUACAAAAUUUGAUUUGAUUCCAUUCUCUUUUCGAAAUUAAAUUGAUGAUUCAUAAUUUCAUCAAUCGAAUCAUUAAGAUCAUGAGUUUUACUUCGGAUGAGAUUAACUAUCUUAUUUAUCGAUAUCUACAAGAAAGUGGAUUCAUACAUUCUGCUUUUACAUUUGGCAUCGAAUCACAUGUGAGUCAAUCGAAUAUAAAUGGCGCCCAAGUUCCACCGGCAGCAUUAAUCUCUAUCAUACAGAAAGGUGUACAAUACACCGAAGCAGAGCUUUAUGCAGAUAAUGAUGAAGGAGGCGAGAGACAAUUUGAAGCAAUGUCAUUAAUUGAUGCCGUUACUCCUGAAUUUAUUCAUAGAAUACAAUUAUCACGUUUGGAAGCAAAUAAUAACAGCGGAAACGCUAGAAAUGUUCCGAACGGUACUGGGCCACCAACCACAUCAAAUUCAACUUCCAAUGCCAACAACAAUAGCAGCUGCAGUAACAACACAAACAAUGAUUCUUCGAGACCAAGCGAUGUUGCUAAUAAUAGUGGUAAUACAAAUCAAGAUUCGGUCACGAAUAACAAUGGCCUUAUAAAUUCUGUGGUUCAAAAUGGUAUGGCCAAUUCUACUCAAAAUGCCUCAAAUAAUUCUGCAAUCAAAAUGGAAAUUGAUCAUUACUGUUCAAUGACAAUGUCCAACAAUCCGAAUAUGGCUCCUAUGAAUAACUUACCACUUGGCAGCGGUAAUCAACAACAAACUAAUUCAGGAGCUUCUCAUUCUGGAACACCACAUAAUUUUUCAUCCGUGAAUAGUACCCAGCAGCCAACACCCUCAACAAAUUCUGUUCCAUCAUCAUCGGCUACAUUAGCCAAUCUAAAUUCGCCUGUAAUAGCUUCAUUAAAUAUUGGGAAUAAUAAUCUCGGAGGAGGAACUCAACAGAUACCACCAUCUGUCUCGGUAAAUGAUAUCGAUAUUCCUCAAUCAAAGGCAACAGUACUUCGCGGCCAUGAUUCAGAAGUAUUUAUUUGUGCCUGGAAUCCUACAUCCGAUUUGUUGGCAUCUGGAUCUGGUGAUUCAACUGCUCGAAUAUGGAAUAUGGCUGAUCCCGGAAAUCAUUUAAUACUCCGUCAUUGCAUUCAGAGAGGCGGCACUGAAGUACCUUCAAACAAAGAUGUUACUUCGUUAGAUUGGAAUUCGGAUGGAACUUUAUUAGCCACAGGUAGUUAUGACGGUUAUGCGCGCAUCUGGACAACCGAAGGCAGACAAGCUUCCACUUUAGGACAACAUAAAGGCCCGAUAUUUGCUUUAAAAUGGAACAAAAAAGGAAAUUACAUAUUGAGUGCAGGGGUUGAUAAAACGACUAUUAUUUGGGAUGCAUCUUCAGGCCAAUGCACUCAACAGUUUGCAUUUCAUAGCGCUCCGGCAUUGGAUGUUGAUUGGCAAACAAAUUUUUCGUUUGCUUCCUGUUCCACUGAUCAAUGUAUACAUGUUUGCAAAUUAGGAUUGUCUACACCUGUCAAAACUUUCAAAGGCCAUCAAAACGAAGUUAAUGCUAUCAAGUGGUGUCCACAAGGUCGUCUUUUAGCAUCAUGUUCGGAUGAUAUGUCAUUGAAGAUUUGGUCGAUGAAUUCGGACACACCUGUGCAUGAUUUUCAAGCACAUCAAAAAGAAAUCUAUACUAUUAAAUGGUCACCAACUGGUCCAGGCACGGCCAAUCCCAAUUUGAAUCUUAUGUUGGCUUCUGCUUCGUUCGAUUCAACUGUUCGAUUAUGGGAAGUGGAAAAAGGAACCUGUCUGAAUACCUUGACCAAACACAACGAACCAGUAUAUUCGGUCGCAUUUUCACCAGAUGGUCGUUUUCUUGCAUCAGGCAGUUUCGAUAAAUGUGUACAUAUUUGGUCCACACAGACUGGACAAUUGGUCAACUCAUAUAAAGGUACCGGAGGCAUAUUUGAAGUUUGUUGGAAUUCUAAGGGAGAUAAAGUUGGAGCUUCAGCCUCAGAUGGAUCCGUAUUUGUUUUGGAUCUCAGGAAAUAAUUGAUUAUCAAUUGUAUACCAGAAAUAUCUUGAGUGACAGCACUUGCGAAAUAUUUCUUGUUUUCAAUUCUCAGCUUGUAAAUAUUUUAUUCUCUUCAAAUAUUACCGGCGAAUAAUUUGUAUAAUUUUCAAACUAUUAAUGCUACUCAAACUCUCACUCUCUCUAUUAUUUACACAAACAUUACCAAAACAUUCAAUGUGUGUAUGCGUGUGUCAAUUCGAAAUCAUCGACAUCCUAUUUUAUAUUUUAUUUCGCCUCCAUAUUAACUACAGAAUCUAUUUUACAUUUCCAACAUUUUAUACAAAAACAACAAAACUCCUAAAAUGAUUUAAUCUAUUUUGAAAGGGUACAAUUUUUUUCUCAGUUUGGAUUGCUUCUCUGGAAGAAUCAUUCAUUUUACUCAAAACCCCAUUUAGUUUCAGCUCAAACUUGAAUGAAAAAUUAUAAUUUUUUGGAAAAAAAAUAAAAGGAAUUUCACACUAUA